CCUGGUGACGGCAUCUGAGCGCGCCGCUCUGAGGCAGGGAGGCUGGCUGCCGGACCUGGGGGCUACCCUGGUACCUCAGCCGGUUGGAAGAUCUGCGGUAAGAACGAGCCUUCUGUGAAGUUGCGAAGAAGGAAAACAAUUCAUGCUAGUUUUGCUGUCGCAUCUCAAACUGCAAGAGUUAACAGCCAUAGUGUGUGGGCCUGGAGCAGCCCUCUGUCAACAUGGGCCUGGAGGCCCAGAGGCUGCCAGGGGCCGAGGAGGCCCCGGUGAGGGUGGCCCUGCGAGUCCGCCCACUGCUGCCCAAGGAGCUGCUGCACGGGCACCAGAGCUGUCUGCGGGCGGAGCCGGGACAUGGCCGUGUCAUCCUGGGCCGAGACCGCCACUUCGGCUUCCAUGUGGUGCUGGACGAGGACGCUGGCCAGGAGGCUGUGUACCAGGCCUGCGUGCAGCCCCUGCUGGAGGCUUUCUUCGAGGGCUUCAAUGCCACCGUGUUUGCCUACGGUCAGACAGGCUCCGGGAAGACGUACACCAUGGGGGAGGCCAGUGUGGCCUCCCUUCACGAGGAUGAGCAGGGCGUCAUCCCACGGGCCAUGGCCGACGCCUUCAAGCUCAUUGACGAGAAUGAUCUGCUUGACUGUCUGGUGCACGUGUCCUACCUGGAAGUGUACAAAGAGGAGUUCCGAGACCUGCUUGAGGUGGGCACUGCCAGCCGUGACAUCCAGCUUCGGGAAGACGACCGUGGGAACGUUGUGCUGUGUGGGGUGAAGGAGGUGGACGUGGAGGGCCUGGACGAGGUGCUGAGCGUCCUGGAGAUGGGCAACGCUGCGCGGCACACGGGAGCCACACACCUCAACCGCCUGUCCAGCCGCUCACACACCGUGUUCACCGUGACCCUGGAGCAGCGGGGGCGCACCCCCAGCCGCCUGCCCCGCCCCGCCGCGGCCCAGCUGCUCGUGUCCAAGUUCCACUUUGUGGACCUGGCGGGCUCCGAGAGGGUGCUCAAGACGGGCAGCACGGGCGAGCGCCUCAAGGAGAGCAUACAGAUCAACAGCAGCCUGCUGGCUCUGGGCAACGUCAUCAGCGCCCUGGGCGACGCGCAGCGCCGGGGCAGCCACAUCCCUUACCGGGACUCCAAGAUCACGCGGAUCCUCAAAGACUCGCUGGGCGGCAACGCCAAGACGGUGAUGAUCGCCUGCGUCAGCCCCUCCUCCUCCGACUUCGACGAGACCCUCAACACCCUCAACUAUGCCAGCCGCGCCCAGAACAUCCGCAACCGCGCCACCAUCAACUGGCGGCCGGAGGCCGAGCGGGUGCCAGAGGAGGCGGCCGGCGCGCGGGGUCCCUCUCGGCACCGCUCGGAGACGCGCAUCAUCCACCGUGGCCGGCGCCCCCCGGGCCCGGCCGCCGCCCCUGCCACGGCGGCUGCCCGCCUGGGCGCCGAAUGCGCGCGCUACCGGGCCCGCACCGACGCUGCCUACAGCCUCCUGCGCGAGCUGCAGGCCCAGCCCGGGCUGCCUGGCGCCGCCGCCCGCAAGGUGCGCGACUGGCUGUGCGCUGUCGAGGGCGAGCGCAGCGCCCUGAGCUCCGCGUCUGGGCCCGACAGCGGCAUCGAGAGCGCCUCGGCCGCGGAGGAGCAGGCCACGCAGGGGCCCGGCGGCAGAAAGGGGGCUAGAGGCCAGGAAGAUGAGGCGGCGCUGCUGGCCCUGCAGAGUCAGGUGGCCCGGCUGGAGGAAGAGAACCGAGACUUUCUAGCUGCACUGGAGGACGCCAUGGAGCAGUACAAGCUGCAGAGCGACCGUCUGCGUGAGCAGCAGGAGGAGAUGGCCGAGCUGCGGCUACGACUAGAGCUGGUGCGGCCUGGCUGGGGUGCCCCAGGGCUCCUGCAGGGCCUGCCUCCUGGGUCCUUUGUGCCCCGGCCUCACACAGCCCCCCUGGGGGGCACCCACACCCAUGUGCUGGGCAUGAUGCCCCCUGCCUGUUUUCCUGGAGGUGAAGUUGGCCCUGAGAACUGGGGCGAGCAGGUGCCAAAUGGCCGGGAGACUGGAGCUAAGUUGCUGGAGGAGGUAGACAGGCUGGAAAGUGGCUCUUCCGCUGCAUCGGAGGAGGGGGAGGAAGGGGAGGAGGAGCCGCCACCCCCGCGGACCCUGCACCUGCGUAGAAACGGAAUCAGCAAGUGGAGCCAGAGGGAGGAGGCCAGCUCAGGGAGUCCGCCCGGCAGGAAGGACCCGGAGCUUGGCCUUGAGCAGCUGGGUGCAGCCAUCCUGGAGCCCAGAGCGGUCCGUGGGAGCAAGGCCCAGGCGCGGCCCCGCCAGGUCCCCGCUGCCUCCGAGUGGCGGCUGGCCCAAGCCCAGCAGAAGAUCCGGGAGCUGGCCAUCAACAUCCGUGUGAAGGAGGAGCUCAUUGGGGAACUGGUCCGCACAGGGAAGGCGGCCCAGGCCCUGAACCGUCAGCACAGCCAGCGCAUCCGGGAGCUGGAGCAGGAGGCCGAGCACGUGCGGGCCGAGCUGAGUGAAGGCCAGCGACAGCUGCGGGAGCUGGAGGGCAAGGAACCCCAGGAUGCUGGCGAGCGGUCCCAGCUCCAGGAGUUCCGUAGGAGGGUCGCUGCCGCCCAGAGCCAGGUGCUGAAGGAGAAGAAACAGGCGACGGAGCGGCUGGUGUCGCUGUCGGCCCAGAGUGAGAAGCGGCUGCAGGAGCUCGAGAGGAGCGUGCAGCUCAUGCGACAGCAGCAAGGGCAGCUGCAGAGGCGGCUUCGUGAAGAGACAGAGCAGAAGCGGCGCCUGGAGACGGAAGUGAACAAGCGACAGCACCGCGUCAAGGAGCUGGAGCUGAAGCAUGAACAGCAGCAGAAGAUCCUAAAGAUUAAGACCGCAGAGAUCGCAGCGUUCCAGAGGAAGCGGCGCAGCGGCAGCAGCGGCUCUGUGGUCAGCCUGGAGCAGCAGCAGAAGAUCGAGGAGCAGAAGAAGUGGCUGGACCAGGAGAUGGAGAAGGUCCUGCGGCAGCGGCGGGCGCUGGAGGAGCUGGGGGAGGAGCUCCGCAAGCGCGAGGCCAUCCUGGCCAAGAAGGAGGCCCUGAUGCAGGAGAAGACCGGGCUGGAGAGCAAGCGCCUGCAGUCCAGCCAGGCCCUCAACGAGGACAUCGUGCGAGUGUCCAGCCGGCUGGAGCAGCUGGAGCAGGAGCUGUCCGAGAAGAGCGGGCAGCUGCGGCCGGGCAGUGCUCAGAGCCAGCGCCAGCUCCGUGGGGAGAUCGACACCCUGCGCCAGGAGAAGGACUCGCUGCUGAAGCAGCGCCUGGACAUCGACGGCAAGCUGCGGCAGGGCGGCCUCCUGUCCCCCGAGGAGGAGCGGACGCUGUUCCAGCUGGACGAGGCCAUCGAGGCCCUGGACGCGGCCAUUGAGUACAAGAACGAGGCCAUCACCUGCCGCCAGCGGGUGCUGCAGGCCUCGGCCUCCUUGCUGUCCCAGUGCGAGAUGAACCUCAUGGCCAAGCUCAGCUACCUCUCGUCCUCAGAGACCAGAGCCCUUCUCUGCAAGUAUUUCGACAAGGUAGUGACACUCCGAGAAGAGCAGCACCAGCAGCAGAUCGCCUUCUCGGAGCUGGAGAUGCAGCUGGAGGAGCAGCAGCGGCUGGUGUAUUGGCUGGAGGUUGCCCUGGAGCGGCAGCGCCUGGAGAUGGACCGCCAGCUGACCCUGCAGCAGAGGGGCCACGCGCAGGACUUGCAGCUCCUCCUGCAGCAGAGUCGAGACCAGCUUGGGGGAGGGCUCGCGGACAGUAAGAGGCAAUACGAGAGCAGGAUUCAGGCUCUGGAGAAGGAGCUGGGCCGCUUCAUGUGGAUGAACCAGGAGCUGAGGCAGAGGCUCAGCGGUGUGACCGCCACGGCCCAGAGCAGGGGUGGGGAGAAGAGGACCCUGUGCCUGGAGAACAGACAACCCCUUGGCAAUGAAGACGAGCUCCUCCCAGCACCCGAGCUUCUCUGGCAGCACCCCCCAGUGGAAGGUGUCCCCCGCGCCCGGGAGGAGACGCGGGACGUGGUCCGGGCCCCACUCCCGCUGACAUGGAGACGCUCCAGCCUGUGCGGUGAAGAGCAAGGCUCCCCAGAGGAGCUGCGCCAGCGGGAGGCCGCGGAGCCCCUUGGGCGGGUGCUGCCCGUGGGGGAGGUAGGUCUGCCCUGGAACCCGGGGCCCUUGGCCCGGCCGCGGAGGGAGCUGCGAAGGGCCAGCCCAGGGAUGAUCGAUGUGCGGAGAAACCCCCUGUAGUCUCCUGGGCAGAGCCGGCCUGGA